UCUCUCUCUCUCUCUCUCUCUCAAGUUGGUAAGACAAAGACACCCUUUGAUUCGCUUAUGUUUUACACAGAAAACACAAUCAAAGAGAGAGAAACAAACAAACACACAGAAUUCAUCUAUGUACACUUCUCUUUUACUACCACCAAACCAUGCAAUUCACUCACCAUGUGCCAUUUUACACUUUUGCCCCCUCAACCUCUCUUAAUUCACAUCUCCCUACCCUUCUCUCCAACACAACAGCAAAAUCCAAAACCAAAACACAUUCAUCAUCGUAGUGUUCAUGGCUAGCGUUGAAGAUGUUUUUGAAUUCCUUAGAAAAAAUGGAUUAUCAGAAGCAGAGUCAGCUCUCAGAGAAGACAUCAUUGAAAAGACCAAUCUCGCUUCCUUUGACUUCGAGAAAUUCUUCUUUCCGAUGAUCCCUCCGCCUCCUCCGGUCAAACUCCGGUCAAUUUCACGGUCAUCGGAGUUUCCCGCCGAUGAUGGAAAAUUCUCCAAAUCGAACUCGGUUUCUUCCGAUGAACAGUUUGUUAGCAUCGGUUCACCUAGUUCUCGUGUUUCUUCUUCCGAGUUUAUCAAUCCAUAUGGAGUCAAUUCCUCAUCUCAGACACAUAAUGAUUCUGAAUCUUCAUCUGAUAGAUUGUCACAAUUUGGUACAGCGCGCGAUUAUCAUGAGUUCGAUAUGCAACAUGAACCGUAUUGGUAUAACGAAAAUGAUGAUGAUGAUUUCAUGACUCCUAGUUUUGAUGGACCUGAUUUCUUUGGAUGUGAAACUGAAGAUAAGUUUGUUACGGAAAAUCAAGAAAAUUCUCUCGAUCUUCGUUACAAGUACAAAGAAAUACAAUUAGAGGGAAAUGAGGGUUUCAUGGGCAAGCCGAUGAAGCAAUGCAUUUGUAAUCAUUCAUCUAUAGUUGAUGAAAAUCUGGAUUACCGUCACGGGGAUGAGAAAGAUGCCGAUGUGCGUAAUUGUGAAGUUCCUAUAAAUUUUAGCUACUCUGACUUGAAGGAAAUUGAUCUGAAUGAUUUUCAUUUGAAGGAUAUUAUUGAUUCUUUUGACUCUUCUCCGCUGCUUACCGUGAAGCAACAUAUCAAUUCGUACACUAAAAAUGAUAGCAGUGAGAGGUAUAAAGAUUCAUACGACUUAACCAUCACAGUUGCUGAAACAGAUCUAUCGAAUGGGAUUGAACCUUAUGAAGUAAGAGAUGAUCGAGAGUUGAGUGAAGAUUUCCGAGAGCAAGACGUUGCCGCGGAUGGAGAGGAUAACAAUACUGAUGAUGAGCUCUUAAAAUACAUUCAAGACGAUGAAUACGAAGUAUUUGAGCUAAGAAUCGUACAUAGAAAAAAUAGGACUGGAUUUGAAGAAAAUAAAGAAGUGCCGAUUGUGCUAAAUACAGUAAUGGCUGGAAGAUACUAUGUGACAGAAUAUCUCGGUUCAGCUGCAUUCAGUAGGGUUGUUCAAGCACACGAUCUGCAGACGGGAGUCGAUGUUUGUUUGAAGAUUAUCAAAAAUGACAAAGAUUUCUUUGAUCAAAGCCUAGAUGAAAUCAAGCUUCUAAAACUUGUCAAUAAGCACGACCCGGCAGAUAAACACCACAUAUUGCGUCUUUAUGAUUAUUUCUACCAUCAGGAGCAUUUAUUCAUCGUGACCGAACUUCUGCGAGCAAACUUAUAUGAAUUUCAGAAAUUCAACCAGGAAUCUGGAGGUGAAGCAUAUUUCACCUUACAUAGAUUACAGCUCAUUACUCGACAGUGUUUGGAGGCUUUACAGUAUUUGCAUAACUUGGGAAUUGUUCAUUGCGAUUUGAAGCCCGAAAACGUUCUAGUAAAAAGUUACAAAAAGUGUGAAAUCAAGAUUAUUGAUCUUGGAAGCAGUUGCUUUAAAACAGACAAUUUGUGCCUAUAUGUACAAUCUCGAUCUUAUAGAGCUCCGGAAGUCAUGUUAGGCCUUCAAUAUGACGAAAAGAUUGAUAUCUGGUCGCUCGGCUGCAUUUUGGCCGAGCUAUGCUCCGGUGAAGUGCUCUUUCCAAAUGAUGCAGUCGUGAUGAUUCUCGCGCGCAUGAUUGGACUGUUUGGUCCUUUUGAUAUGGAGAUGUUGGUGAAAGGGCAAGAAACACACAAGUACUUCACCAAAGAGUAUGACAUUUACUUUAUGAAUGAGGAGACAGAUCAACUAGAAUACUUAAUCCCAGAAGAGACAUCAUUGGAGCAGCACCUACGGAUCACGGAUACCAUGUUUCUCGACUUCGUCGGAUACUUACUUAACACCAACCCGAAAAGAAGACCAACUGCAAGACAGGCACUAAAACAUCCAUGGCUUUCCUAUGUUUACAAGUCCAAGUAACAACAUUCUUUCUCUGGUAUGAAGGUGCAAUAACUCUGUUAAAGUUGUUCAUAUCACUGUCUCAAGCUUGUUUUCCGCAUAUUGCAAAUCUUGCAAUCAAAAUUUUGGUUUGUUAUAAGCAACAACAAGUAAAUUAAUUCAUCUUCUCGUUGUUGUAUAUUUUGUUUUUUUGUUUGUUUCAAGCUUAUGAACAGUUUGUUCUUUGUAUAGAAUUCUUUUCAUAAUUCUUUUUCUUUUCAUCAAUUGGAAGGAUUGAGCAUCACCAUAAUAA